AUGGGCAGCUCUUCGAACCCGGCUCACAAGGCAGGCGUCCCGCGCACUGGUCUCGUUUGGGGUAUUAACCGUGGUCACCCUACCACCCGCCGUGUCCUCGCUCCCCGGCCCGUCAGCAAGAAGGCUGUCGCGGGUGAGCGCGUGACGACCAUCCGCAGCGUUGUGCGUGAGGUCGCUGGCUUCGCUCCCUACGAGCGCCGUGCUAUGGAGUUGAUCCGUAACUCGAAGGACAAGCGUGCGCGCAAGUUCAUCAAGCGCCGCAUUGGUACCCUGCGCCGCGCUAAGCGCAAGAUGGAGAUCCUCACCGGUGUCAUCGCUGAGCAGCGCCGCAGCGGUCACUAA